GUGGUGGGAUGAAGUGAGACGGAUGUGGAAGGACUAUUGCUCGCGUUUGAAGGAAAGAAGCAGCGGUAUGGGGGCGCUCAAGAACGACGACGUUCUCUACGACUACAUUGCCAGAGCGAAUCCCAACAUUUACUUUCAGCCUCGAGCAGCGAAGCAGAUGAAAGUGCCGCAGCCAGUUUUGUUCCCCGGAUAUCUCUGCCCGCUUGCCACUGAAGAGUUUGAGGAGGAAGAACCCACGCCUUCGCAAACUCAAGUAAUUUGGAGUCCUUUGUUCGAUGGCACUGAGCUCAAGCGCUUGGGUGGUGGGCUCAAAAGUGAGACGGCUAUUGUACCUGAGCUUCCAGCUGGUUGGAGAACGGCCGAACAAAAAUUGCUGGAAAUGGGAGCUAGAAAUGGGGAUUAUCUGGGACACACCGUUAGCAGUUGUUCUAGUAACUCGGAAGAGGAGCCGCCAACGGUUUGGACAAGCGCUCAGUGCUUGCUUCACAUGAAGGAUUUGACUGAUCCACAAAGUGGGAUAGAACAGGAGCAGGCGCCUGGAAUCGCUGAGAGCUUUUUAGAGUAUAACAGCUGCGAACUAGGUGGGACAGACAAGCUUGACCACGUACCGGAGAACCUUCUCCUGGUUGACGAUUACGAAGAGAAGCUCAAAAGCUAUCACUCCGAAGUGAGUGUGGAAGAGAGCAGAUAUCAGACAUGUAGUGGCGGGGAUGGAAGCGUUUGCAGCGUUCUGAGUGCGGGUAUCGGCCGUGGGAAGCUGAACAGCAGGGAGUCAUUCAGGGAGGACGUUCUUUUGAGCGAGAUCAGUGGAGGGGAGUCGUCCGAGACGAGGUCGUGCUCCACCGCCAACGACGACGGCAAGAGCUCAGUUCGAGGAGCCACUACCGGGCGCUCCAAGCUCUUGACUCCGGACGGCACGAAACAGGUGAAGCACGGAGACAGGAAAGCUAGGCGGGGAUAUCCUUACAUUAGUUUGAAGGAAGAGGAGGUGGCAAAGGAAUUUUCAAGGCCUCGAAUUUGGAACAGCGGGGUUAACAGAGGACCGCUGCAGCAGAAAACGAGAAAGAUGGUGGCGCAGACACCUGGCAGAGGCGCAGAGACGACAAACAAGGAACAGAACGCCAAGAAUCACAGCAAAACCAGCACCACUAGCAGCACCAGAAGGCCGCCCUGGUGCCUGCACAGCGUGAAGAGGAACCUCCACCACCACCAUGGAACGCUGUCGGACCACGAAGUGACGUCGGCAGGAUCCACAACCAACGAAGAGGAGACCAGAGGAGCGGCGAUGCUGGCGGAUACCAGAGAUCAGAACACCGAAUUGAUAUCGACUUUGGCGGAGAUGAACAACCGGGAACUCAGGGUGCUGCAGUGCUCGGCUGCGAUUAUGCGUCACAACAUCGGUGUUCUUCGUGACGACGUCAAGGGAUUGCAAGGCUGCUUGGAAGGCAGAAAAGCCCGCUAUUCGUGGUGGACGCUCUUCAAAGAUUUUGUUGUUGCUGCUGGGCUCGUAUCCGGGGCAUUUGGUUUACGUACCGUCAUCGACAUGCUCAAGAGGACAGUUCGAUAUGGUGCAUUGAACAAGCUAACAAACAAGCAAGAGAAGAUGGCCUUGGCAGCCUUUGUUCUCACGGUUGGAGCACGCUUCGGCAAGCAGAUAUGGCGAGAACAGGGAAAUGCCAGCUCCCGGCGCGAGAUAAAGCUACGGGAGCAACUGUCCAGGAUUAACGAGAGGGUGUCUCUCAUGUCGGACCUGGCUACCAGCGAUCGCCAGCAAACAGUCGCCGCCGCCGCAGCAGAAUCCGAGUGAGAAGGAAAUCUUCUCAAAGCAGAUCCAUCCGCGACCGCCAAGUCUUCCAACAAACAAGGACGGCGAUCUGUGAGAUACAAGAUACAAGUUGGUGGAGGUUUGAAAGGCAAGAGCUUCCCGAGUUUGUGAUUGAUUAUUCUUCUCUAUUGUCCGUGAGAGGGAGGAUCACAAUGCCACCACAGAUCAUGGGUUUGACGAUGUUGGUCCUCGUCAAAAGUACGUGCCGAUGAACAGAUAUUUUGCAUCCAUGAUUCUGGUCUGUUAAUUCUCUUGACUAACAAAGCACCAGAUUCAUUGAACAAGCUAA